AUGUCUUACUAUAUUAACUCUUUUAUUGUUCUUAUUAAAAAAAAACUUGGAUUUUCCCGUCAUGCUAUUGGGAAAAAAUGUUUUUCUAUCAAAACUUUCCCAGAAAAUGUGUUUGUAUAUCUUUUUAAAAAUGAAGAAAAGUUUAAAUAUAGUCCUGCUAAACACAAAUAUCAAUGUUUUUUUGAAGGAUUUGCAGGAGCAGCUAAACUUAAGGAAAUAUUUCACUAUGAUCAUUGGAAUUUCCGACAGAAUCCCUUUACUAAUACUAAGGGUUAUGUUUUACUUGAGAAUUAUGAAAAUACAUAUCAAGUCAAAUUUAUUAAUGAGAAACAAAUAGCAACAUUGAAUAAUCAAAAAUCACCUGAGGAAUCUAUUAAAGAAAAGUUUCAUUAUAUUUUACCACAACUACCACUUCAGAAUAUAAAUCAAUAUCACUGGUCGAAAUCAUUUCUUUAG